AUGGUCGCCAUCAGCAGUAGAAAAAGCAAACUGUCCAUUUUCAGCAGACGACAUGGUCUUCUUGAUGAGUUUCAGUUUUUCUUUCCUUUUUCCCCUUCGUCUAUGACUCUUUACUUUAUUUCUCUUUUUUCUUUCUUAUUUUCUUUCCUUCCUCCUUCUCUAAUUCUUCCUUAUUUUAAUAUAUUUAUGUAUUUUUUCUUUCCUUCAUUUCUUUCUUUCUUGCUAGUUUUAUUCCUUUUAUACUGUAUUUACUCUUCUUUCUUUCUUUUUCCUCUUCUAUUUUUACUUCUUUCUUUCUUUCUUUCUUUCUUUCUUUCUUUCUUUCUUCUCAAUUUUUCUAUCUAUUUUCGCUUAUAUCCACCGAAUCUUUCAAUGUCAACGUUUAUUCUUUCUUUCCUUCUUUCCCGUGGAUUCACUUCUUCUUUUACUCGAUUCACGUAUAUCGUUCUUACUCUCUUUUCACUCUCCUCCCUUUUAUUUCUCUUUCCACUAAUAUCUUCCUAA